AAGCAGCAGCAGCAGCAGCAGCAGCGGAGCAUCAUGGACGUUCUGAAGAAGGGCUUCUCCAUCGCCAAGGACGGCGUGGUGGCCGCCGCAGAGAAGACCAAAGCCGGCGUGGAGGAGGCCGCCGCCAAGACCAAGGAGGGGGUCAUGUAUGUCGGAAACAAGACGAUGGAGGGCGUGGUGACCGGCGUCAAUACAGUGUCCCAGAAGACAACCGAGCAGGCCAACAUCGUGGCCGACGCCGCCGUCACCGGGGCCAACGAGGUCGCCCAGGCCACAGUGGAUAGCGUGGAGAACGCCGCCUUAUCCUCCGGAUUCGUCACUGUGACUGAUGCUCCAAAAACAGACGACGGAGGAGAACAGACCCAACAAGCUGCUCAGUAGUGUCAACACUCACUUCCUGUUUGUGCCCGUCCAAUGAGGAGAAAGAAGACCGAUUCCCGCCUUUCCUCGCGUGUUGUCUUGGCGCCACUUCUUCCGCUUUUCGCCCUCUUCCCACACAACUCUCGGCUGAUUGGUCGGCGUGUAGAGUGACGUCACUCUGGCCCAAUGUGCCGCCCCAAGCGUCCAAUCACAGGGCUGGAAGUCAGAAACACAUCCGAUGCCUUUCGCCGUGCAUGUAGCUUUGCCAAGAAACACGCGCGCCUGCUCAUACAUACACACGCACAUACACACACAACCACGAAAGAAUCACUACACACUUAUCUCCAGUCUGUGUCGCUGUUAUUAACUGAGCUUCAGUGCUACUUUCUUUUAUAAAACAAUACAAAUGAAAUAAACGUACCUUUAACAUCC